UUUCGCGUUGAACUUGCGUAGCGAACGGACGUGUUUACGCGGGGGCGUCGCUAUAUUUUUGUAAAAAAUCGAAAUCAAAUCGUAAAAAAAUUUAAUAAUAGCCCGAACAACACAAGAAUUGUGUGUAAGUUAUUAAUAUUCAGUGCAGUGCAGUGUGUGCUUAAAUGCAUCUGAAGUGAUCUUAAUAUUAAAUCAAAGCGCAUUUCAAAGAAAGAAAUAAAGAAAAUCAAAGAGAAAGUGCCAAAGCCAAAGUGAUUUGUUAUUGCUAGAAAUUUUGUGUUGUGUUCUUGGUACACUAUUGUUGCUGUUGCUUCUAUUGUCUUUCAGCGCGCAACGCGCUGCUUAUGCAAAUGUGCUGCGCUGCGCUGCGUCCUCACACAGCGGUGGCCAAACAAAUUGCAGCUGCUCUGAAGCGCCUGCAAGUUUUAUGAAUGAGUCGGACCCGGACUCGGGGCACAGGAUCAGCAGCAGCAGCAGCAGCAACGUGAAUAGCCGCAGCAGCAGCAGCAACAACAUCAGUUGUUGGAGUAGCAGCCUCUCAUCACAAUGGCCUUCAGCUAUGCCUGCCUCGUGCUGCAGCGUGUCGUCUUGCCGGCGGUCCUGGUGCUGGCAUCACUCAUGCGACCCGUGGGCAUCUCGUUCGUGUACAUGUUAAUGUUCUUCAUGUCGCCCUUUGUGCCGCUGGCCACACGCCGCAACUUCAAGGGCUCGGUGACCGCCUUCUUUAUCAUUCUGCUGGCGUUGAGCACUCUCGUUCUCCUUGGCCACAUUGCGCUCCAGGUGCUGGCGCUGAGCACCGCGCUGCCCAUCUACAAUUGUUCUUUUAGCGAGCGUCUGUUGCGGCACAUUGGAUUCGUGAGCUUCGUGGAUCUGCGACCGCUGGCUAUAAUUGAAUGGUUGGCGCCGGAAGUGCUCGUCUUGGCCACGUCGUUGGGCGCGUUUCUCAGCGUGAAGCGUUUGGCAUUGCAAAAUAUCAAUGCCGAGCAGCUGGAGAACGGCGAGUUGCCCGAUUCGCAGUCGGAGCAGCAAGUGAGCAGUCAACAGGAUGCCAAUGGCAGCGAUGUGCAACAGGCGACGGCGACAACACCGCUGCAACAUCAACAGCAGCAGCUGCGCAAACGCGUCUCCAUGAUCAGCCAGCACAUACACUUUGAGGGAUUGAUUAAGAUCUCUCCUUUGUUCUGCCUGGCCACAUUGUUCUUUGCCGCCGUGCUGCGUCCCUCAGUGCCUGGAGGCUUCUACUUUCUCAUCUUUCUGCUGGCGGGCACUUACUGGGCAACCUGCCAGACUCUGCAACGGGGUUUCGCCUUGUUGCUGCGUUGCGUGAUGUUUGUCCUUGUGCUGCAUUCGCUGUGCAUUGUUUCCUAUCAGACGCCCUGGAUGCAGAGUCACCUCAAUCACACCAGUCUCACAGCACGCUUGAUUGGCCUGGAGCCCCUCAUCGAGUCCGACUGCGUGCCCGACAUACGCAUUUUGCUGUACAACAAUCGCUUGUCCUUGGACUCGUAUCUGAAUCCAUUUGCUUUGUUCUUCGCCUACUUUGCACUGGCGCUGACCACAAAGCAUCUGAUUAAGCCGCGGCUGGAGCCAAAGCCUGCCACCGCCUUUGGACAGACACUCGAGUGCAAUAACAGCAGCAACAUCAACAAUGCCAGCAGCAACAACAUCAGCAACAGCAACAUCAUCAACAACAGCAAUAGCAACAACACUGGCAACAGAUUCAACCGACAGCUAUCGCUGCUCACGUCACCGACAACACGCAGUGGCGGCGGCGGCAUCGGCGGCGUCUCCGUCUCCGGCUCCAGCUCCGGUGGCCAUCGUAAAGAUAGCUCCGGUGUCGGUGUCGGUGUCAAUGCCACUGUCGCUGUCGGUGUUGGAGGCGCCACAACAAGUCGCACACAACGUCUGAGUGUUUCUUUACGGCGUGAACAGCGUGCAACGUUAAAUGAACCGACUGAGACGACGCCUUUGGUGCGUCAGAGCACUCGAAAGGCACGCACUCCUCAGGCUCUGGAGUCCACGACAGCAGCGGCUACAACGGCGCCGAGCGGCUCUCGUGGCAAUGAUAUACAGUUGGACACCAUUGAACGUCGAUCGGAGCAAGAGAAUAAUACCACAUCCAUAUUGGAUCAAAUAUCAUACGGCUUUGUCAGUGUCGGCGGAUUUAUAUAUCAGAAUAGCUAUAUAUUCACCAAUAUACUGAUGAUGGCCUGGUCCAUAGUCUAUCACAGCUGGCUGACCUUUGUGCUGCUGCUGUGGGCCAACGUGCUGUGGAUGAUACCCAAUCAGCGCAAGGCCAUGAUGCGCUCCAGUCCAUUCAUUGUGCUCUACGCUGAGCUACUGCUGGUGGCACAAUACAUCUAUGGCAUGGAUCUGAAUAAUAACGAGCUGCCAACCAGGGUUUCUACAGCGGGCAUUAAUUUGCAGCAAAUUGGCUUCGAGCGGCCAAUUGAGAAUCAUAUGCGUCCAUGUGUGCCGCUGAUUGUGAAGACCGCGUUUGUGCUAAUGUUCUGGGUGACGUCGCGUCAGUUCUUCAAGGAGAAGCGCGACAGACGCCGAGAUAGCACACUGGCUGACAUUAUUGCACCGCUGCAGAUUACCGUGGGUUCGGCUGGCUCCAGUUACCUCAUCAACGAUGGCAAGAAGACAUCAAAGUUCCUAAAGAAAGCGGGCGAUGUGAUCAAGAAUCUGUUGGUGCGCCUCUGGAUCUGGCUGCUUGUGUUGGUCAUCUUUUUGUGCGCCAUCACAGGCGAUGAUAUGACCGGUUUUCGCAUCUGCUACAUGGCAUUGUUCCUAUUCUUCUUGCUGGUCUUUCAAUCGUCGUCCAAGGCGUGGGUCAAGAUUAUGUAUGGCUUUUGGCUCUUCUUGAUCUUCUACGCCAUGUCCAUAUUGAUAUUGAUUUAUACAUAUCAAUUCGAUAAGUUCGACAUGUACUGGAAGGACUAUCUCAAUGUGUCCCAAACUCUUCAAGCUGAUAUUGGCUUGAAGCUCUACAAGACUAAGGAUCUGUUCCUGCAUCUGGUAUCGCCCACAAUUAUUGUGAUACUCACUGUCAUACAGGUGCACUAUUUCCACAAACGUUUCAUUGCCUCGCUGCAGCAACAGCCCACCACACCGGGCACGAGAAGUCAGUUGACGGCGGCAAACGCACAGCAGAAGCGCACAGAGACAGCUGCCUUGGAGGCAGCGCCAUCAAAGCGUCGAGGCAGCGCCAGCUCCAUAAGGCAGCGUUCCACGGAAGCAGCCGGGACGGCAGCUGGUGCUACGACGACAGACUUUGAGACAUCUGUGCGUGAUUUGGUGCGCAUCUCAUUCCGCAAGAUUAAGAACAAGUCCGAGUACAUCUUCAAGCGAUUCAAGACCGUCUUUUGGCGCUUCCUCGAGCUGCACAUCAUGAAGGCCGUCUACAUUGCGGCCUUUGUGUGCAGCGUGAGCGAGGUGUGUGUGCUGCACAUUAUCUUUGUGGGCUUCUGUGUGCUGGGCGCCACAUCGCGCAAAGCUGUGCAGGUGGUGAUCAGUCGCCUUAUCUCAUUCAUUGUCACCAUCAUUGUGCUGUCGAAGAUGAUCUAUCAAAUCGAGUAUUUGGAUCACAAUCAAUACAGCGUUACUUGCAGCGACAAUCGCACGGCCAACAAUGCGGAGUGGAUUGGUCUCAACAAGGCUGACAAACUGGAAGGCGGCUUGAUGGGUUUGUUGCGUACUUACAUCAUCUACAUGGUCAUCGUCACAAUGCACGCAGUCAUCUCGCUGCGUCAGCUGCAGAUGCGCGUCAAGAUUGGCGAGAAUGCCGCCAAUCAGCCAAAGCUGCUCUUCCAGCAAAUAACGCGUGCCGAUGCCGAGAAGGAUCUGGUUGGCCUGGUCAAAUAUCUGCUCAACUUUGGCUUCUACAAGUUUGGCAUUGAGAUCUCGCUGAUUGCUCUCGUCUCGACGAUCACGUAUCGUCAGGAUAUUGUGGCUGUAGUGUAUGCUGUAUGGUUGGUGGUGCUUCUGCUGCUUAAGCGUUCGCAAUGUGCCAAAAUGUGGGGCGUAUUUCAGGCGUUCUUUGCCAUCUCCAUACUGCUGCAGUAUAUUGUGUUGGUCGGUUUGCCGCCCAGCUGGUGCAUGAGCUAUCCUUGGGAUGAUGGCGCCUUUGGCGAGAGCAUACAACGCUGGACUAUGUUGCCGGGUCAGCUGCACUUUAAUCAUGUGCCCAAGCUCAUCUUUGACUUCAUUGUGCUGAUUAUCUUGAAUCGCCAGAAGAGCAUCUUCUGCAUUGAGCAACGCUACGCUACCAACGAUGAUUACCCCGGUGGCAGCAAUCGCAGCGUCAUCGCAGACAUUGCCCAGCUGGGUCGAGUGCCUUUCGAUAAUCCCACGCAUGAUUUCUGCUCAUACAUUCGCAACUAUUCAGACAUCUUGAAGAAUGGUGUACUGUGUGGCUUCUAUUGGUUCACCUUGGCUGUCGUCUUUUUGGCCGGCACAAAUAUUGCUGAUCUGCUGGCGCUGGGCUAUUUGAUUGGCGCCUUUGUUUUCCUGUGGCAGGGCUCCGAUUUCUAUCUGCGCCCCAUUGCAACCAUCAUCAGUCGCUGGAAGUGGCUGCUGGCCUUUAAUGUGGCCAACAUACUGAUCAAGACGAGCUUCCAAAUGGCCGGUUGUUUGUUUAUGACGCCGUUGACCACACACUGCUGUUGGUUGGUCCACAUGCUGGGCAUCACUUGCACUAGUAAUGUGAUCAAGGAACAGCUCCACGUGGCCGACGAAGCCGAAGUAUUGACGGACUCCACAGGCUGUCCGAAGAUGACGCAUCAAGUUGUGUUGCUGUGGGAUGCGAUUUGUUUUGCAUUUAUCAUCUUUCAGCUGCGCAUCUUCCAGUCGCACUACUUCUGUCACAUCAUCACGGACACCAAGGCCAACAACAUACUGGCCUCCAGAGGAGCCGACAUCAUUGAGAGCUUGCGUCAAAAGCAGAUUGCCCAUCGACAUGACCAUGAGAAGCAGGUGCUGCACAAGAUCAAGCGCAAGAUGGAACGCAUUCGUGCCACACAACAGAAGAUGCUGCGUCCACUGGACAAGCAGACACACUUCGAUGAACUUCCUGCACCAACAGUACGCAGAAGGAAGGAUAUUAAAUUGCAUCCACAUGCUACGCGUGCUGGAGAUUAUUACAUGUUCGAGGAGAUGGAUGACAAGUUUGAGCUGGAUUUGAUACACGAUGAGAUCGAUUUCAUGGAGGAGGAGAAUAUCACCGAGAGCGAAAUGAAAAUGCAGCGACGCAAGACGCUCUACGAUAAAUCCAAGGAUGCGCCCACGGACUUUUUCCCCUCUACCAGCAAAGGCGUCUCCAAGGAACGUGAUGCCGCGGCCAGCAGCAUGAGCAGUCCCAAGCCCACAAAGGAUCUUACCGAUCUACCUGCAACGUCAGCUUUGACGACGGCGCCACGUGAAGCCACCUCGAAGGAAACCUCAGAUAGUAAAUCCAAAAUGGAACUGGACAGCGGUGAUGUCACAGCCAAGGACUCUGAUGAGGAUUUCGAUACGAAUCCCAUUAUACGUUUGCUGGAAGGAUUCCUCGUUACGUUAACCAUUCGUCUGAAUCGCUUUUCGCGCAAUUAUCGCUUUGUCAAUCGCAUUUUGGCUGGUGAAAAGAAGACACUCAAGGAAUCGAGUUCGCUGAACCGUCUUGGACUCUCCAGUGCUGCGGCCAUGUUCCACUUUCUGAAAUCGAAUCUCGAGAGUGAUGAGAAUGGUGGGCAGCCCGUUACUUCAUCGACACCGCGCCGCACACAGGUCACAGCAACAAUACCGUCAGCCACAACAUCAGCUACAACAACUUCAGACAAUCUCACUGAACACUAUAGCACGCCACCCAACACAAAUACAAAUACAAAUACAACAACCACACCGCUCUCACCGCAAGAACCACUCGCAACACCACCACAACCACCACCAGCAACCAGUACACCACACCAAUCACACCACGCUGGCGAAGAUAUCAUCGAAAUACCCGUAGACACUGUUGAUGCCGCAACCUCUAGAAAACAAUCAAUCAGUUCAUCGCCGCCGACUAAGGGUCGCAAAUCGGAUUGCGGCCUGCCUGAGAUACGCAUUAAAGCGCCAUCUAUGGAGCGCAGUGGGCAACAGCAGCAGCAAACGCCACAUCAUUUUACGCCACAUUCAUAUCCGCAGCAGCAUCAGCAGCAUUCGCAUCAUCAACAGCAGGCGAGCAUUGGUUCCGGCUCGCUGAGCAAGCAUUGGUCCUACGAGCACGUGGACAGCGCCGGUGAAUUCAAUCUGGAGGAGGAGAACUUUGCCCAACGCGAUCAUCACAUCAUUGUGGAGGUGCUCAUCUCCUCUUGGUAUGCUCUACUGGCCAAUACGGAUCUCAUCUGUUAUAUUGUGGUGUUUAUCAAUCAGGUGGUCAAUGCCAGUCUCAUCUCGUUGCCGCUACCCAUCAUGGUCUUCCUCUGGGGCACAUUAUCGCUGCCGCGUCCUACAAAGACUUUCUGGGUCACACUGAUUGCCUACACACAGGCCAUUGUGCUGAUCAAGUGUAUCUUUCAGUUUAAACUGAUCUGGUCCAAUUAUAACAAUUUGCCCAAUCAGCCGUUGGCCCCCGCAAAGAUCUUUGGCGUCGAGAUGAAAACGCACUAUGCCGUCUAUGAUUUGAUACUGUUGCUGGUGCUGUUUCUACAUCGUUAUCUGCUAAAAUCGCAGGGUCUGUGGAAGUCUGGCUACAAGGAUGUGGAUCAGCAGUUUACCAAGCCCACAGCUAGCAUAGACGAGCGCGAGGAUAGCGAUAAUCUGUCGCAGCCCGACUCGCGACAAUUGAACGAUGAUGCGGCCCAGAAGAUGAGCUUACAGGUUAGCCAAGUGUCGUUGCCUGGUUCACCGGAGUACAGCAAGUCCGCCAUCAAUCAGUUGGAACGUACCAAAUACACCUCGUCACUGCACAAGUUUUUCUUCAGUCUGGUGCACAAAUCGCGUCUGGCCACCGAUGUCUAUGCCUUGAUGUUCCUCUGCGACUUUAUCAACUUCUUUGUUCUACUCUUUGGCUUUACGGCAUUUGGCACCCAACAAACGGAGAGCGAUGGCGGUGUGCAGACUUAUCUAGCGGAGAACAAGGUGCCCAUUCCCUUCCUGAUCAUGUUACUGGUGCAGUUCCUGCUUAUUGUCAUCGAUCGCGCACUGUAUUUACGCAAAGCUCUGGUCAACAAGAUCAUCUUCCAUUUCUUCUCGGUGAUUGGCAUACACAUUUGGAUGUUCUUUGUGGUGCCUGCGGUAACGGAGCGCACCUUUAAUUCCCUGGCUCCACCGAUCAUCUUCUAUGUGAUCAAAUGCUUCUACAUGCUGCUUAGCUCGUAUCAGAUUAAGUCGGGCUAUCCCAAGCGCAUUUUGGGCAACUUUUUCACCAAGGGCUUCUCGAUGGUCAACAUGAUUGCGUUCAAGGUGUACAUGCAAAUACCCUUCCUCUACGAGUUGCGCACCAUUCUCGAUUGGGUGUGCAUCGACAGCACCAUGACCAUCUUUGAUUGGCUCAAAAUGGAGGACAUUUUCUCCAAUAUCUAUCUCAUACGCUGCACUCGGCAAUCGGAAACCGAUUUCCCGGCGAUGCGCGCACAGAAAAAGGCUUCACUCUCCAAGCUUAUCAUGGGUGGCACUGUUGUGCUACUAAUUGUGAUUUGCAUUUGGGGACCGCUUUGCUUGUUUGCCCUGGGCAAUGCCGUGGGCAGCUCCAAUGUGCCCUAUCAGGUGUCAUUGUCCAUUCGCAUUGGACCCUAUGAUCCCAUCUACACGACCAACAACUACGAUAGCAUUUUUGAAAUCGAUUCCAAAAUGUAUACUCAGAUGACAAAUGCCUUCUUCAAGAACAAGCAGGCGCUCACCUUUAUUGCCGGCUACGAUGCCACCGAUGUGGCGGCAGUUAAGCUGGCGGGCAACUCGCCUUCGCUGUGGAAUAUUGCGCCGCCGGACAAGCAGCGACUAACCAACGAUCUACGGAAUAAUCACACAUUAAUAGCCCGCUUCUCCUAUUCGCUGACGCGUAAAGCGCCGGCCAAGGGUCUCAAGGAGAAUGUGGGCGAUGAGCAUGUCAUCAAGCUGGACGAGACCUUCGAGGGACGCGCUGCACUCAUCAAUAUGCUGAAUGAGACCCUGGAUCCAAUAGAGACCAACGAAAAUGGAACCACAAAUGGCAACAACACGACACCCGCAAGCAGUUCUGCGGACGAUGUGGUCGUGGUGCUGCCCAACAUGAUACCCAAGUUCAUCAAGGUACUGAACUCGGGCGACGCCUUCGUGGCCACUGUGAUGAGCGGCAAAGAGCAGGAGUAUCGACCGCUGGUCAUUAAACUGCAUCGCGACAAAGCCACCAAGGCUAUGUGGUGGGAGAUUCGCGACUAUUGUUAUGACAGCUUUUACAAUAACACGCUGAAGGAUUUGGCCUACAGCGACUGCAAAUCGGGCAUUGUGAUGUACACGUUCAACGACAAGAAGUUCCCAUCGACCUUCAGCUUCCUCACAGCUGGCGGAAUCAUUGGUCUUUACACUACGUUUGUGUUAUUGGCCUCGCGCUUCAUGAAAUCCUUUAUUGGUGGACAGAAUCGCAAGAUCAUGUUCGAGGAUCUGCCCUACGUGGAUCGUGUGCUGCAACUUUGCCUGGACAUCUACUUGGUGCGCGAGGCAUUGGAGUUUGCACUAGAGGAGGAUCUAUUUGCCAAACUGCUCUUCCUGUAUCGCUCGCCCGAAACGCUGAUCAAAUGGACGCGACCCAAAGAGGAGUAUUUGGAUGAUGAUGGUGACACUGACUCCAUACCCAGUCGCAUGAGUGUUCGUCGCCCUGAGCAGCUGCAGCAGCAUCAAUAUCAGCAGCAACAGCAGCAGCAACAAUAACAUAGGUUAAAUAAUUUAAAUAUUUGAGUUAAUUAGGAAAUUUGUUUACGUAUGAAUGAUGUACGUAUUUAUUGCGUUAACGUAGGUUUCAUAGUCUUUUUUAAAUUUAUACAGCAAAUUAGUUAGAAAAACGUGAACGACAAAAGAAAAACAUAAACGAAUAUCGAAUAUUGAAAUGCAAAAAUUGAAAACAGAAACACAACCCCUCAACAACAACAACAACCACAUCAGAAACGACACGAAAAACACACUUACUGUUAAUUACAAUAAUAACAUUUGUUUAGUUAAAUAACGUCAAGUACUGCCGCCAUGUGAAUGGGAAAACUGUGUAAAAGUCGUUGCGAAAACUAUACACCAACUAAAUAUAACUAGUGCAUGUCUUAAGUCUAGCAAUUGUAACUAAUUUAUUAAGUGCAAAAGUGUUGCUGUUCGAUUAGAUAAACGAAAUAAUAACGAGUAAUAAUUUGUUUAAGUUAUCAAUUAAGUCAUACUUACAUAUAUACUUAUGUGUGUAAAAACUCUAUAAUAAUUAUUGUUAUAAUUAUAAUAAUAAUAAUAAUGAGAACUCAUAUUCAGGGAUUUUUAGCAUUUUACAAAACAAACUUAAUUGUAAAUCAAUACAACUAACUAACAACUGCAACUAACAAAACUUAAACUACGCAUCCAAGCAGUUCAGUAAACAAAAUCAAAAACAAAAAUAACAAUAAAUAAAUGUUUUGUAUUUACAAUAAUAGUGAAUUAAAUGUAAAUGUAAACUUAAUAAGUGUCGUGUGCGCAAGCUUCAAGAAUUUUGUACGUAAAUAUUUAUGUUGCCUUUGAAAUGAAAAGUGUAGAAAACUAUAUUAAAUUGAAUUGAUAUUAUGUAUGCA